AUGUCGUUACAAAAUUGUGUUGAACUAUCCAUGCAACAUUCCUCGGUGAUCCAAAAUGACUUCUCCUUGGUAGUAAAAAAUCCAGAUGACCAUUGGAUUGCUGACUUCCUUAAUCUCUAUGGAUAUAAUGUCCAAAAAUCUUCUUCAACAGAGUCUUCAAAAUUCUCCAUCGUUACCCCGAAAGUUGUGCGUGACAUUAUCCGAAAUAAAGAAUUGCAUCUUCCUUCAACUUGUCGUUCCUUGGCCGAUAGAAAUGCUUACAUCAUCCUCCUUUUAAGAUUUGUCCUUCGUGAUUGUGCUUUCACAGAAUUAACUGGUGUACCUCUUGUGCCUGUGAACUGCAUCUCUUAUUCCGCUUUCGGUACCCAACAAUAUUAUUUGGCUCUCCCUUCGGAUUUGCAAUUCUUUCCAACUGUUGGCUGCUUUGUCUUGAUUACCAUAGAAUUACCCGAUGACGUUAAAUCUAUUUUUGAAUCAGCAGAAUUUCAAUCCGUGAACAAGAUUAAAAAAUUAGAUAUCAAUGGUUUUUACUGUCUUUUUCGUCAUGAACUCCCUCAUGCUCCAAUUCGUGACUGGGAUCCUGAUACAACUACCUCUUUUCUGAAUAAACGUUGGCUUGAAAAUUUUUGGGAAAGAAUUUCUCAAUUUGCUAAUGAUCAUCCUAUAUUGAGAUUUCCCAAGAGAAAAGAUGAUGUAAUAGAUGUCUUGAGAAAACUUGGUGUUCUUUUCACUGAAGAUUAUCGGAUAGAUAUUAUGAAAAUUUUUAUUUGGGAUUGGAACCCUUCAAUGGUCGUUAAAGCUAUCGAUAAAUCUCGUUCUAUCAAUAAAAUUAGCAUGGAUACUUUGUUUCAACAUAUUUGUGACGACGAAAAAGAUAAGCUUCGGGAAUACAUUGUUGCAAACAUGUGCGAGUUGUAUCGGAAAGAUAUCUUACGCCAAUUCCCCAUUUGGCCUACUUAUUCCGCUGAUGGUAGUUACAUCGCUGCUUAUUGCGGUUGCCUAGUUCCACACGGUCUUCCAUAUUUUCAAGUUAAUUUAUCAAGUUCAAAGACUAAUUAUAUUAAUUAUAAAAAUCCUGAUGAAAAAAUUUUAUUGAAAAGAUUAGAUGUUGUCGAAUCCAGUUAUAUUCAUUAUCUAUUUUGUAUUUUCAAGAAUCUUGACUUUGUUCGACCUGAUGACCCUGAAUAUUUGGAAUUUUUAAAGGAAUUCUUACGUCUUCCUACUCAAUUACAUCCAAACUGGUUGUCUGAAUAUCGUUUCAUUCCUAAUAGUACAAAAACUGAAUUGAGGCUUGCUAGAGAACUUUAUGAUGAUAGAGUUCUUUUAUUCACUACGGUUUUUGCUGGUUCUGAUGUGUUUAUUGCACCUGAACUUCGUUGUGGUUGGUUAUCUAAAGGUCUAGUAGGUUUGGGCUUUCAUGAUAAAGUUGAUGAUGACACUUUCAUUAGAUUGGCUUCGGAAAUUCAACAUUUAUACAAUUCUCCUUCUCCUCCUUCCGAUUUAUUCGAUCGUGCUAGAAUGUUAGUCCUUCACUUUUAUUAUAAUGUUGAUGAUCUUAAUUUCACUUGUAAUAGAUGGGAUGUUCUCAAAUCAAUUAAUUUUAUCCCUUCAAAACCUGUCGAUUAUCCUUAUCUUGAAACUGCAAAUUUCAAGUCUUCUAAACUUUGUUCUUUCAAUUCUCUUCGUUUACCUAAACUCAUCAAAUUAUGUUGGACUCAAUGUGCUUUUUAUGAUGAUCUUAUAAUUCCUCCUGAAAGUGUAUUGAAUAUUCAUAGUGAUCUUGGUGAAUUAUUCUUUCAUGACGUAAUGGAUCAUUUAAUUGCUAUUAAGGAAAAUAUUGUUGAUAAACAAUCUGAUGAAUGGAAAGGUCAUGGCGCUCCUGAACUUCUUUUUACUAUUAUUAAUGGACUUUAUGAAUGGUUAGAAGAUAAUUUACUGUUAAUGAAACGUAUAGGUGAAAUUGGUGAACAAUGGUUUAUUGGUGACUUAAAAACAAGUCUUCAAAAAAAUUCUACUAUAUUCCUUAAUGGAAAUGAUCCUUUUAAUUUGAAAAAUUGGACUUCGGCAACAAAUUUAGUCUUAAAUAUAGAUAUUGAUGUAGAUUGUCACAAGAAAGCUGCAAGUAAAAAUCUCGCUCCAUAUGGUAAUUUAUUACAAUUAUGUGGUGCUUAUAAUUUUAAUCCGGCAACUCCUAUGAAUUUCGAUGUUCCACAUACAACAUUACGAAGAGAUAAUAUAGUUAACAAAUUGUGUAGAUAUGUGGAUCUUGAUUUUACUCAAAAUUCUCUAAAUUCUAAUCGUUUAAUUGCUGGAUUGGAACGAUUCCAUGAUAUUUUUUUCAACAUCCGUGGUGAAUUAAUAGGUACUUCCCGGUUUUUACUUGCUGCAACUUGUCCUCAUUUUGAAAGAGCUUUUUGCGCUGGUACCUUGGAAUCUAAACUUGGCGAACAUGUAUUUCUUCCUCGAGUCGAUGAUAUACAUCCUGAUGCGUUUCGUGUUCUUCUUAAAUACUUGUAUGGAAAAGACCUUAAUGAUAUCAUGAGUGACAUUAGAUAUGAACCAGGUCCAGAUGAAGAUGAAAUAUCUUUUUAUUUCAAUCGUUAUAUUGAAUUGUUGAAAUAUGCUCAAUUAUAUGAGCUUAAUGAUCUUGCAUUAUCCGUUCAAUAUCAAAUAAUUCAAGAUCAUUUGGUUCUACCUCAAAAUAUUGUUGAAAUAUGGGAAUGGUGUCAGAAUGCAGAAAUUACUGCUCCAUAUUUAGCUGAAUAUUGCGAAAAAUGUAUAAAGGAUAAUACGGAAUUAUUAUUUGAUCUACGACUUCAUGAUAUUGAACAAGAUAUUCCAGAUAAGAAACAACGCGCGGCUGCUAUUUUAGAAUUGGAAGGAAAGUUUUGGAAGUGGCGUGAACUCAAUUUGCUAAAAGAUAUGUCACCUCCAAUAUAUUAUGAUGAAGAUCCUCCGAUAACUUUUGAUAAUGAAUCCGGUUGGGGAAGAGAAUGUAGUUCUGCUCUUGAAUGGAUAUGA